AUGGAUGUGCGUGGGGGCGACAAGUCUUUUCUCGGCCACCCGGGGUUCCAUAUGCGGGAGCCCGACAUCUGCGCCGUCUACCCGACGUGCGCGCUCAUAUGCUGGGACCCGCCGCGCACCACCAACGAGUUGACAGACACCGACCGCAGGAUUCAAUGGUCCUACGUCGUCGAGUGGGGCACAGACCACAGCUUGAACAGAACAUCCGGCUCGGUAACUACAAGUGCCUGUCAUUUCAUUAUGGAAGUGCACUACCCAAACGAGAUCAUCAACGUUCGUAUCAUCGCCCGAGGAAGUGUUCUGAGCGACAUUGUUGCAUUCAGUUCGGCAGUGUGUAAGAUCGAUGCCAGCGUAACAAUCCCAAUGCCAUGGCUGCACAGCACCUCCAUGCGUUGCCGUUGCAUAUUUGAUGGUCUUCUUUUCUCCGCCAAUGGGGCUCAGUGCGUCGAGGCAAUCCCUCCUGGGCGUGGUAUCAUCAAGGCAGAAGUGAGCCACGCUCGUAUGCUCGAGUCUAGUUUCGCCUGCAUCGUGGUUGAGGUCGUCUACGAUGCUCCACCACCACCGAUCCCCUCGUCCAUUGUGCUCUAUUUCGUUAUAUGCUCCAAGGCACUCGUGAAGCAGCGGGAAAGACUGCGCCACUACAGUAUUCAAGAGUUUUUGGAAGAAAAGGAGGCAUGCGCGGUAUUCUGCGGCAUUGGUGAGAUGGGCUCGUCUGCUGCAUUGGCAGCGCAUCUUUUAAUUAGCUCCGUUUCAGAGACAUCUAGAUCCCUACGUAGGCGCAUUUUUUGUCUUGCGUAUGGGUCGCCACGACGCAUGUUUCUUGAGGACUCGCUGAUGCUCGUAUCUUCCUCGGCUUUUAGCGGCAACUUUUUAUACUAUACGAGUCUCCUUCUUACAGCUGAUCCUUUCUGUGGAUAUUCGAAUGCACUGUUUCCCACGCAGGAUGCGAAAGAAGUGGUGAAUAGUGAUGCUGCUGACUUGCGCUUCAAUAUGCCGCUUGGUGUGCGGUGCGGGCCCAUCCUGGAUUUGAAUGAGGGCUGCCACUACUUACAGUCACAGUGCUCCCGUUUGGAGCGACUCAGCGAGGAGGAGUGCCAUGAGCUCCUCGACGUUUCUGGGCACCUUCGUAUUUUGAGCCGCUUGUUGUUACCGGGGGGAGACGCGGUACUUUCCCCCGUGAUCACUGCGGUAACGCACACUGUGGAGGAUGGUACCAUUGUGUCCCUCCGCAUCACGGGUACCAACCUGCAGUACAAACCGCAAAUCUGCGUCUCAUCUCAAAGUGGAUGGCCGGCAGCUGCGUCAGUGACGUCUGUGAGUCCCAGGCAGGUAACAGCAACCUUUUCGUUGGUGGAGAUGGUUGGUCUUGAGUCAUCUGUGCGUCGGAAGCCUUUGCGGCAGCUGCGAGUAGAUGUUGCGUUCCUCACCGACAUCGGCUACACCUCAUAUGAAAAUCACCCAAUCGAGGUUCCCAGUGAUGUCACCAAGCUCCUCUUCCUUGGGUGCAGGAGCAAGCUCUCUCACGCGUGGUUAUUAUCACUGCCGAUGAAUCUUAUCGACAAUGCCAUUGUAGUAGAACCGCUCUUGACUACGCCAGUGACGAAGGACACUCACAAGCCCAGCUUCACACCUCAAAUUUCCACGCAGAUUCUCGGGGCGAUUGCCACUGCAAGCGAGGUGGCGAGUCAUUACGCUACCAAAAAACAGAGUGUGAGCUUGUUCACCUUAGUGGCCAAUGUUGCCGCCAGAGUUUCCAAUUCUGGCCUUCCAACACAGGCAAUGACUCCGAUGCCUAUACGUGUACCGUUCAAGGGUGAGGCAGAGCUGCUCCAUACUACAAUGGGGGAGUAUGUCAACAGUAAAAAAAGGACCGUGUCAACGCUGCUAUCCAAGCUCACGACGUGGAAGCAGCGUCUGCAGCAAGGACUUCCAUGGCUGAGUGAUUCAAAGUACGGUGGCAAAGUACGCUCGCUCUUGAGUCUCUUUGAAAAUGUACCGCCCCCACGCGAUACCCCACUCGUUUCACUGGAGCUCUCCCUAUUUACUCACAUACUGCGUUAUCUUCGAAAUACGUGUGGGGUAAGCAAUUUGCGGCACUUGACAAGCCUUCAUCAAAGCAUGAGCUUCGAAACAUUUUAUCAGCAUGUGCAUCCCUUGUUCCUCGCUUCUGUUCCAGCAAUUGAAAGUGCCGCUUCAGAUAUUCUAUUGGAGUCAGCCGCAUUGUGGGCGGUUUGCCUCAUUUUCCACCUCCGGUGCUGCUAUCUGUUUACACACAUAGUCGCUGUGACGGGAUGCCCCGGCAGUGGGUGCUCAACGAUGUGCAAUACUAUCACGCGCCUGAGCGCCGAGCAUAACUACCGCUUCAAAUGGAGUCAGCGCGUGCGAAGUGUUGUCAUUCGUCGUGCCGCGGAGUGCGAACUCGACGACUUGAAGGAGGUACUCCUCCUUGGACUGAGUGUCACCGUCAUCGUCGUUGGCGAGUUUGCCGACAUCAAGGGAUUUGGAUACAAGGCGACGUGGAGCUCCAUCAAGCGUUCCAUGCGCAGCGCUAAGAAUCAGCGACUUGUCGCGUUUCUUUCGAAGGUUGAUGAACUAGUGGAACAGUGCAGCAGCAGUAAUGCUUCCCUAGUUGACGGGGAUGCGGUGCGUAUAUUGUGUGACACGGCUGAGUCUGCGGCGGUGGCGCCAUCGGUAACUGGAGGAGCUGAUAUGCCGAAACGUAUAAUUGCGGUUUCAUUUGCCCCAUCCCUUUCGUUUCUCAAGUCGUCAUCGUUUGUUCGGCAGAGCGGCCUGUCCGCGGAGGAGUUUGCGGAAAAACUAUUGACCAAAUCUUCGUUAGAAGUGCGAAGGAUUCUUCUCCGUAUUAGAAAGAAGAACUUCUGUUGA